UCAAUAUAUACCAUAAUAAACAAUUCCAAACACCUCCCUUUCUCCAUUCCCUCCCCCACCUCUCCUUCACUUCUUAUUUUUUUACAAUAACCACCCAAACCCCAAUCAUACUCCCACUCGGGAUUGGUUAUUCUUAUUCUAAGAGAUAAUCCAAAUCCAAAAAAAAAAAACAAUGAAAGGAGAAUACCUAGAGCAACAGCAACAACAUCCUAAGAGUGAAACAACACCACCUAGUAUGUUCUCAAAGCUUCAACCCCAACACCAUCCUUUCCCACACCACCCUUUCCAACUCUCCGCGGAAGAAGAAAACCGUGUUGGCGCCGCCACCACCCCAAGCACCGUUCAGAAAGCAAACUCCUCCGGCGGCGACGGCGCGACUAUCGAGGUUGUUCGGCGUCCGAGGGGGCGUCCUCCCGGGUCCAAAAACAAACCCAAGCCACCCGUUAUCAUAACCCGAGACCCGGAACCCGCUAUGAGUCCAUACAUUUUAGAAGUGUCUGGUGGAAACGACGUCGUGGAGGCCAUCGCCCAGUUCAGUCGCCGCAAGAACAUGGGAAUCUGCGUCCUCACCGGUUCCGGAACCGUCGCUAACGUUACGCUCCGUCAACCUUCUACUACUCCCGGCUCAACCGUUACUUUUCACGGCCGUUUCGAUAUCCUUUCUGUUUCCGCCACCUUCCUUCCGCAGCAGUCGGGCGCUUCGCCGGCGGUUCCCAACGGCUUCGCCAUCUCGCUCGCCGGACCGCAGGGGCAGAUCGUCGGAGGACUUGUUGCCGGCGGGCUGAUGGCCGCCGGCACGGUAUUCGUGAUCGCCGCCUCGUUUAACAACCCUGCAUACCACAGGUUGCCGCCGGAGGAAGAGGGCGCCUCCGCCGGUGAUGGACAUUCGCCGCAGGUCUCCGGCGGCGGAGAUAGCGGACAUGGACAGGCGGAGUCGUGCGGAAUGUCCAUGUACAGCUGUCACUUGCCCUCUGAUGUGAUUUGGGCUCCAACGGCUAGACCACAACCACCGCCACCACCUUACUGAUCAAUCGUACCUUGAGUUUCUUUUUUUUUUUCUUCUCUUUCUUUCUUUCUCUGAGGUUAACUUUUGUGGUUAAUGUAAUCAAAUCUAUUAUAUGUUGGUCUGUUUAAUCUGAUUUAGCUGGUGUAGUUGAAAUCUUUGGUAGCAUUAGUUUAAUUAUUAUUAUUAUAAUUAUUUAUUAUUAUUAUAAUUAGGUCAAGUUUAUAAACGGAAACAUUAGUAAUUUGAAGUUAUGUUAUGUAGCUAGGGUCGUUUAUUUGCGGCGCUAACUAUAUACUAUACUAGUAAUAUCAAUGGCUCUCUACCUUCUUCAA